AUUUCAGCGCGCAAAUACCCAUCUCUUCAUCUCUGAUCUUUCAGACACAAUCAUUCAAAAUGGCCGACUUCGCAAACAUCGCUCGUAAGUGAUGUCCCUUUCACCCUCCCCAGCGACUUUUUCGGCAUGGUUUUGAAUAUGUUGAGAAAAAGCGGGGUGGCCGUCUAACAUGAAAUCGUCAUGACAGAGCAGUUCGUUCAGUUCUACUACAACACCUUCGAUACCGCCCGCCCCAACCUUCAGGGACUCUACCGCGAUGAAUCUAUGCUCACCUUUGAGACCUCUUCCAUCUUGGGUGCCGCGAACAUCAUUGAGAAGUUGACGUCUCUCCCCUUCGAGAAGGUCCAACAUCAGGUUUCGACCCUUGAUGCCCAGCCCUCCAGGGAUGGCGCUAUCAUCGUCAUGGUGACUGGUGCUCUUCUCGUCGACCAGGAACAGAGACCCAUGAACUAUAGCCAGACCUUCUUCCUCCACCCCGACGGCCAAGGAAGCUACUUCGUCUUCAACGACAUUUUCCGUCUCGUCUACUCGGCAUAGAUUCGCGGUGAGAUGAAAGCUUGUUAAAUAUUGGAGGAAUUGUUGAUUAAGGUGCUGAAUUAGCCCCAGUGGAAUGGUUUAUGAUGGGAACUAUAAUUUAGCCAGAGAAAGAGAGGUAUGGCUUGGCUGUCCCGCC